UGCUGCAGUUCUGCAGAGGGACUGGAAGUGAAACGUUUUGCUCUCUAGCUGUUCUUCUGUCCACCGUCCACCAUGGGUGAUGCUCUGAUGGCUGAAUUUGGGAAGGCUGCCCCUUUCCUGAGGAAGUCUGAGAAGGAGCGCCUGGAGGCUCAGACCAGACCGUUUGACAUCAAGACUGAAUGUUUUGUUGUGGAUGAUAAAGUGGAGUACAUGAAAGGACAGAUUGUCAGCAAAGAAGGAAGCGUGGUGAUCGUCAAAAAGGAAGAUGGCACGACAGUGACGGUGAAGGAUUCGGAUGUUCAUCCCCAGAAUCCACCCAAAUUUGAUAAAAUCGAAGACAUGGCGAUGUUUACGUUCCUCCAUGAGCCGGCGGUGUUAUUUAACCUCAAAGAGCGUUACGCCGCAUGGAUGAUUUACACCUACUCUGGGCUCUUCUGCGUAACUGUCAACCCUUACAAGUGGCUCCCAGUCUAUGACUCGGAGGUGGUGGCAGCCUACCGGGGUAAGAAGAGGAGCGAAGCGCCCCCUCACAUCUUCUCCAUCUCUGAUAACGCCUACCAGUACAUGCUGACCGACAGGGAGAACCAGUCUGUCCUCAUCACUGGAGAAUCUGGCGCAGGAAAAACAGUGAACACCAAGAGGGUCAUCCAGUACUUCGCCAGCAUCGCUGCGGUUGGAGGUGGAGCCAAAAAGGACAGCAGCAAGGGGACUCUGGAGGAUCAAAUCAUCCAGGCAAACCCGGCACUCGAGGCCUUUGGCAAUGCCAAAACGCUGAGAAAUGACAACUCGUCUCGUUUUGGAAAAUUCAUCAGGAUUCACUUUGGCACAAGUGGUAAACUGUCAUCGGCCGACAUCGAGACGUAUCUGCUGGAGAAGUCCCGUGUUACAUUCCAGCUUAAGGCUGAGAGGAACUACCAUAUCUUCUACCAGAUCCUGUCCAACCAGAAGCCUGAACUACUGGAUUUGCUGCUCAUCACAAACAACCCGUACGACUACUGCUACAUCUCCCAAGGAGAGGUAACGGUCGCCUCCAUUAACGACUCUGAGGAGCUUAUGGCCACAGACAGCGCCUUCGAUGUGCUAGGCUUCACUGCUGAGGAGAAAACAGCCGUCUACAAACUGAUCGGUGCCAUCAUGCACUACGGCAACAUGAAGUACAAACAGAAGCAGCGUGAGGAGCAGGCUGAACCGGACGGUACAGAGGCUGCAGAUAAAUCGGCUUACCUAAUGGGGCUUAACUCUGCAGAUCUCAUCAAGGGGGUGUGCCAUCCCAGAGUGAAGGUUGGAAAUGAAUAUGUCACCAAGGGCCAAAGUGUGGAUCAAGUCUACUAUGCCAUCGGUGCACUGGCCAAGUCAGUGUACGAGAAGAUGUUCAACUGGAUGGUGGUGAGAAUCAACCAGUCGUUGGACACCAAGCAGCACCGUCAGUACUUCAUAGGAGUGCUCGACAUUGCUGGUUUUGAGAUCUUUGAUUUCAACACAUUCGAGCAGCUGUGCAUCAACUACACAAACGAGAAACUGCAACAGUUCUUCAACCAUCACAUGUUCGUCCUAGAACAAGAAGAAUACAAGAAAGAGGGGAUUGAAUGGGAGUUUAUUGACUUUGGGAUGGAUCUCCAGGCCUGUAUUGACCUGAUCGAAAAGCCAAUGGGGAUUCUUUCGAUUCUAGAAGAGGAGUGUAUGUUUCCCAAAGCAAGCGACCAGACUUUUAAGGCUAAGCUCUACGAUAAUCACCUGGGAAAGAACAAGAUGUUUGAGAAGCCGAGGGCAACAAAAGGGAAAUCAGAGGCUCAUUUUGCCCUGGUUCACUAUGCUGGUACAGUCGACUACAACAUCGGCGGCUGGCUGGUUAAAAAUAAAGACCCUCUGAAUGAAACAGUGGUUGGACUUUACCAGAAAUCCUCUCUAAAGCUGCUAAGUCUGCUGUUUUCAAGCUACUCGGUAGCAGAUAGUGGUGAAAAAUCAGGUGGCAAAGGAGCGAAGAAGAAGGGUUCUUCAUUCCAGACAGUGUCUGCUCUCCACAGGGAGAACCUCAACAAGCUGAUGACUAACUUGAAGACCACUCAUCCCCACUUUGUCCGUUGUCUGAUUCCUAAUGAGAGGAAAACUCCAGGGGUCAUGGACAACUGCCUUGUGAUGCACCAACUUCGCUGCAAUGGCGUCCUGGAAGGCAUCCGUAUCUGCCGGAAGGGUUUCCCAAACCGGGUUCUUUAUGGAGACUUCAAGCAACGCUACAGAAUUUUGAAUGCCUCUGCAAUCCCAGAAGGUCAGUUCAUUGACUGCAAGAAGAGCGCCGAAAAGCUGCUGGGAUCUCUUGACAUCGACCACACCCAGUACAAGUUUGGCCACACAAAAGUUUUCUUCAAAGCCGGCCUACUUGGGACACUUGAAGAGAUGCGAGAUGAGCAACUCUCUCGGAUCAUCACUAGGAUUCAGGCCAAUGCCAGAGGAAUCCUGAUGAGGGAGAAGUUUGCUAAACUUGUGGAGCGCAGGGAUUCCCUAAUGGUCAUUCAGUGGAACCUCCGAUCUUUUCUCGGUGUGAAGAACUGGCCCUGGAUGAAGCUGUUCUUUAAGAUUAAACCGCUUCUGAAGAGUGCAGAGGCCGAGAAGGAGAUGGCCAACAUCAAGGACGAAUUCAAGAAGAUGAAGGAGGCUCUGGAGAAAUCCGAAGGACGGCGGAAGGAACUCGAAGAGAAAAUAGUGUCUCUUCUCCAAGAGAAGAAUGAUUUGACCUUGCAGAUACAGUCUGAACAGGACACUCUGACAGAUGCAGAGGAACGGUGUGAACAGCUCAUCAAAAGUAAGAUUCAACUGGAGGCCAAGCUGAAAGAGAUGAAUGAAAGACUAGAGGAUGAAGAGGAGCUGAAUGCAGAUCUUACAGCUAAGAAGCGCAAACUUGAAGAUGAGUGCUCUGAGCUGAAAAAGGACAUCGAUGACCUGGAGCUAACUUUAGCCAAGGUGGAAAAGGAGAAGCAUGCUACAGAGAAUAAGGUGAAAAACCUCAUGGAAGAGAUGGCGUCUCAGGAUGAGAACAUUCUGAAGCUGACCAAAGAGAAAAAGGCACUACAGGAGGCCCACCAGCAGACACUGGAUGACCUUCAAAGUGAAGAGGACAAAGCCAACAGCCUGACUAAAGCUAAGGCAAAACUGGAGCAGCAAGUGGAUGAUCUGGAGGGUUCACUGGAACAAGAGAAGAAGGUCAGGAUGGACCUGGAACGCUCGAGGAGGAAACUUGAAGGUGACUUGAAACUGACCCAGGAAACUCUGAUGGACUUGGAGAAUGACAAGCAGCAGCUUGAGGAGAAACUCAAGAAGAAGGACUUUGAGGUGAGUCAAAUCAACUCAAGACUGGAGGAUGAGCAGGUUGCCUCAGUUCAGCUCCAGAAGAAGCUGAAAGAAAACCAGGCGAGAAUCGAGGAGCUGGAAGAAGAGCUGGAUGCUGAGCGUGCAGCACGAGCCAAGGUGGAAAAGCAGCGCUCAGAUCUGUCCCGUGAGUUGGAGGACAUCAGCGAACGUCUGGAGGAAGCCGGUGGGGCCACAUCAGUCCAGGUGGAAAUGAACAAGAAGAGAGAUGCUGAGUUUCAGAAGCUGCGUAGGGAGCUGGAGGAGUCAACCCUCCAACACGAGGCUACCGCCGCCACACUGAGGAAGAAACAUGCUGACAGCGUCGCUGAACUGGGGGAGCAAAUAGACAACCUGCAGCGUGUGAAGCAGAAACUGGAGAAGGAGAAGACGGAGCUGAAACUAGAGCUGGACGAUUUGGCCUCCAACAUGGAGAGUGUGGUGAAGGCCAAAUCAAACAUAGAGAAGAUGUGCCGCACAAUGGAAGACAAUAUGAAUGAAUACAAGAGCAAAUACGAGGAGGCUCAACGGACCACCAACGACUUGACAACUCAGAAGGCCAAACUGCUCACUGAGAACGGAGAGCUGGGGCGCCAACUGGAGGAGAAGGAGUGCUUAAUUUCACAGCUGACCAGAGGAAAGAACUCGUACAACCAGCAGGUGGAAGACCUGCGCAGACAACUGGAGGAGGAGGUAAAGGCAAAGAAUGCCCUUGCGCAUGCUUUGCAGUCUGCUCGGCAUGACUGCGAUCUGCUGAGGGAACAGUUCGAAGAAGAGCAAGAAGCUAAAGCUGAGCUGCAGAGAGCUCUAUCUAAGUCCAACACUGAGGUUUCAGCGUGGAGAACCAAAUACGAGACAGAUGGAAUCCAGAGAACGGAGGAGCUGGAAGAGGCAAAGAAGAAGUUGGUGCAGAGGCUACAGGAAGCCGAAGAGGCCAUCGAGGCUGUGAAUGCAAAAUGUUCCUCCCUUGAGAAGACCAAACACCGCCUCCAAAAUGAGAUUGAAGACCUCAUGCUGGAUCUGGAGAGAUCCAAUGCAGCCUCGGCAGCACUGGACAAAAAGCAAAGAACCUUUGAUAAGAUCCUCGCAGAGUGGAAGCAGAAGUUUGAGGAGUCGCAGUGUGAACUAGAGGCCUCCCAGAAGGAAGCUCGUUCUCUGAGCACUGAGCUCUUCAAGCUGAAAAAUGCCUACGAGGAAUCCCUGGAUCAACUUGAGACGAUGAAGAGAGAGAACAAGAAUCUCCAGGAGGAGAUUUCUGACCUCACCGAACAGCUUGGGGAGGGCGGCCGCAGCGCUCACGAGCUGGAGAAGAUCCGGAAGCAGCUGGAGCAAGAAAAGGCCGAACUCCAGUCGGCCCUGGAAGAGGCAGAAGGCUCUCUGGAGCAUGAAGAGACCAAAAUCCUGCGAGCACAAAUGGAGUUCAACCAAAUGAAGGCUGACAUUGAGCGUAAACUGGCUGAGAAAGAUGAGGAAAUGGAGCAGGCGAAGAGGAACUACCAAAGGAUGCUUGAGUCCCUUCAGUCUUCUCUGGAGUCGGAGACCAGGAGCAGAAAUGAGGCUUUGAGAGUCAAGAAAAAGAUGGAGGGCGACCUCAACGAGAUGGAGAUCCAGCUGAGCCAAGCCAACCGGCAGGCGGCAGAUGCCCAAAAGCAGGUGAAGACCCUUCAGGCGUUCCUGAAAGAUGCUCAGCUCCAGCUGGACGACGCCCAACAUGGCAAUGAUGACCUGAGAGAGAACAUCGGUUUGCUGGAGCGCCGGAGUAACCUGAUCCAGGCAGAGCUGGAGGAGGUGAGGGCCGCACUGGAGCAGACGGAAAGAAGUCGCAAGCUAGCGGAACAGGAACUUACCGACACGACGGAGCGGAUGCAGCUGCUGCACUCCCAAAACACCAGCUUGAUCAACCAGAAGAAGAAACACGAGGCAGACCUGCUGAGCCUGCAAAACGAGCUGGAAGACGCCAUACAGGAGAACCGCAAUGCCGAAGAGAAGGCAAAAAAAGCCAUCACUGAUGCCGCCAUGAUGGCUGAGGAACUCAAGAAGGAGCAGGACACCAGUGCCCAUCUGGAGCGCAUGAAGAAGAACAUGGAUCAGACCAUCAAGGACCUGCAGCACCGACUGGACGAAGCCGAACAGAUCGCCAUGAAGGGUGGAAAGAAGCAGCUCCAGAAGCUGGAGGCUCGCAUCAAAGACCUGGAGAACGAGCUGGAGGCGGAGCAGAAGAGGGGCGGAGAGUCCAUCAAGGCGCUCCGCAAGUACGAGCGCCGUGUCAAGGAGCUCACCUACCAGACGGAGGAGGACCGCAAGAACAUGGCACGUCUGCAGGACCUGGUGGACAAGCUGCAGCUGAAGGUGAAGUCCUACAAGCACGCAGCCGAGGAGGCGGAGGAGGCGGCCAACGCUAACAUGGCCAAGCUACGCAAGCUGCAGCAUGAACUGGAGGAGGCCGAGGAGAGAGCGGACAUCGCGGAGUCACAGGUCAACAAGCUGAGAGCCAAAACCCGGGACGGAUCCUCCAAGAAGGGACUGGAUGACUGAGGAGGCCGACGAGAUGGUUCUGGAACCAAACCCGCUGCGGCUGAUGCUUUGUAACAUGACUGAGUUCUGCUGUUGGUUUCCUCCUUCACAACAAUGAAAUUAGUUUAUUCUAAGCAAAAGAUUUUAGCUUCAAAAUAAUUAAAAAAUUCUGAUUUCAUAAAUAUAUCUAUAAAAACAUUAAUUAAUAAUUCACUUUAUUUGUUUGUUCACUUUGAUCAACACUUUUUCUAGCUAAGUAGAUCUCCUUAAAAUCACUUUUUGAUUUCCUUUAAAUUAGCCCUUCAAAAUAAAAGUUUGAUCAUGAACCUGUACUGACAUGACUGGAGAAAUGAUAAUAAACACUGAUGAGCACCAAGAA